AUGGCGGCUCAAUUCAAAGAGACAUUCGAAAACGGAACGCCGUUUAUAGGGCUGCGCGCGCGCAUAUCCGAAUUCAAAUUUAGAACGGAAAGUCGCCGGAAAUGGAGUCGACCGUAUGUCGGGGUGCAGUUCCUGCUACUGAUCGCCUUAGUUUCUUGUUGCCAUGGAUACCAAGAACAAAGGUUCGCUAUGGAGCCACAAGAUCAGAGUGCUAUAGUCGGGGAGCGAGUGACAUUGCCCUGUCGUGUAGCGAACAGAGAGGGGACUGUACAAUGGACCAAAGACGGUUUCGGACUUGGCACGCAUCGCAAUCUCAGCGGCUACGACCGAUACGCCAUGAUCGGGAGCGACGAAGAAGGGGACUUCUCGCUAGACAUCAAGGAUGUGACUCUAGAAGAUGAUGGAGUGUAUCAGUGUCAAGUCAGUUCUGCGUUGAAGAACGAUGCAGCACCACCAAUCCGAUCUCGUGACGCACAACUGACGGUUCUCGUCGCGCCAGAUGCUCCUAAGAUUUUGAGCGGGGCAUUCAUAGAUGCUAUUGAGAACCAAACUGUAAAUAUCGAGUGUGUAUCUAAGGGUGGGAAACCUGCAGCAGAGAUAACUUGGCUCGAUGGUAACCAAUCGGUGAUAAAGAAACCAGUGAAUAACACCCAAGAACUUCUACCAGACGGACAACGAUAUCUAGUGAGGUCGGUGUUGCGGUUAACGCCUAACAAGAGUCACCACAACCAGACAAUCACGUGUCAGGCGCAGAAUACAGCUGACAGAGCGCCGAGGAUGGCUACGGUACAUAUCGAGGUAAAAUAUGCACCAAAAGUGAAAGUGACAAUAAGUUCAGGGAUGAACAAAGGCAAGAUACGUGAAAACUCCGAGUUGAGAUUGCGGUGUGACGUAGAUGCAAAUCCGAAAGCACAGAAAUAUUUGUGGUACAUCAACAGUAAUCCUGUGGUCGGGGACUAUACUGAUGAAAUGAUUAUCUUCAACGUAUCCCGCAAGCACCAUAACGCUUUGGUCAGAUGUGAAGUCAGCAAUUCAGUUGGAACGAGUGAGGGGGAUAUCUCCUUAAAAGUCACAUAUCCACCAAAAUUUAGAACUAAACCACAAGACGUAGCUACAGAAAUUGGUUCUUCUGUAGUUUUGAGCUGUGACGUAGAUGGACAGCCUCAACCUGAGCUCAAAUGGCUUUCUGAAGUUAAACCUGGACAGAUAGAGCAGUUAAGAGUGAGAGCUCCAAAUUUAAAGCUGCACGUAACGAAAAAUACAGCGGGUCGAUAUAUCUGUAAAGCAAAUGUUGAUGGAUAUCCUGAAAUCGAAGCUGAGGCUACUGUCUUCAUUAAAAGUGCUCCAAAAAUUUUAUCAAACCGAACACAGUUUGGCAUGGAAGGUGAAUAUGUAACAUUAGAAUGUGCGGCACUGUCAGUACCCAAGCCUGAUGACAUCAGAUGGUACUUUGAGAAUAGGGAGAUAAACAUCAUCCAGGAUCCGGAUUAUGCAACUUUAGAAGAGCGUCUACCAAACGGGAUAAUAAAAUCAAGCCUUGUGAUCAGAUCAAGUCAGUCAAAGCACUACGGACAAUACAACUGCAGUGUUACUAAUGAAUUCGGGAACGCAAACGUAGCAAUCAUGUUAAAACCGUUGAAAUCUCUUCCCCUUUACAUAAUAUUGAUUGGCGUGACCUCCGGUAUCAUUAUUUUCUCCGGCUUUAUUAUCUUAGUCGUCGUCUGCCAUCGACGCAGACGAAAGAAGAGUAGGAUGAAUGAAAAGCCAGACGUGACAGUUACUACGGGGGAUAUGUAUAAGGAGUCAGAUAGGAGUUCCAAUAUCAGUGACCUGAAGCCGCAACUUCCACACAGUGAUGGAAGCUAUGAAUUAGAUUACACAAGCUCGGAGCGUUCAGACAGCAAGAUACACGCGGGCUUACCAUUGGCUGGUCCUGUGCAUUUGCCAAACAUACGCCACGAUGACCCCUUAAUGCAAUUUCGCUACAGCAACGACUACUCCGAUCCUACUUAUAGUGACACUUAUUUUAAGAAUCCAGCAGGAUAUGUUUACGACUACCCACAAGGAUAUGCACCUCCUUCUCACUUAAGAGUGCAGCCCCCUGGCCUUGAAGUCCCUCCGCCUAGGUCACUUCAAGGCUCAUUGACGCGUAGCAUCGACACCGCUUCCACGCUUCCGUUGUCAGCAGGAAAUGGAUCGCAAAACAACACUUUACAACGAACGAGCAAGUCUCCAGACGAGACAGACGCUAUUAAUAAUUUGGGGCUUCCAGUUGGCGGAGAUGCAGCCCCACCGGCUCCCAUAUACGCCCAGCCGAACACCAAGCCUCAACCUAACGUGGACUUAAGAUAUGCUGCCACUUAUGGCAAUCCGUAUUUAAGAAAUAGUAAUGUUGGCUACGGCAGCCAAGUCCAUACGGCCAAACCAGCAGCAACCCCUGCACCCCCGCCAUACUCCGCAGUAAGGAGUUCAGUGGUUAUACCAACAGGUAACGGCCAGGCCCAAGCCACCCACGUAUAG